AUGCCUUCGCCAGGGUCCACCAAGAACUCGGUGAUCUUUGUGCAGCCCGGCCUCAAGGGCGUAUGUCAAGACUCGGCCCUUGCCACAGAGAACCUGAUAGUCACAAGCACAAGUGGGGAACGAGGCAGUGCGCUGGUGGGGGUGUUUGACGGGCACGGUCUAUCCGGUCACUACGUGUCCAAGACAGCUCGCGACCAGCUGCCAGAGCGACUCAACACAGCCGUGCAGCACACCCAGAACGAGCUCGCCCACGUGGACGGGGCUGCGGCAAGGGAUGUGUGGGCGCGGGUGUUUGGCGGGGUGUUUGGGGACAUUGACGAGGAGCUGAGGAAGGACCUGUUUCACAACAGGGACAGCGGCUCCACUGCAGUUGUCGCCCUCCGCCUUGGCUCGGAGCUGAUAGUGGCACACAUAGGGGAUUCCCGCUGUGUGCUGGCUCGCAUUGCCAGGGGUCCCAACGGCAAGAGUGAUGCAGCGACAAUGGAGGCCGUUCAGCUGACCAUCGACCACAAGGCGAGCAACCCAGCUGAGAAGGUGCGGGUGCAGGAGGCGGGCGGAAAGGUCCUCAACUACAUGAACACCAUCGACAGAAUCUUCCUGCCGGGAAAGAGCGAGCCGGGGCUGGCAGUGGCGCGCGCCUUUGGGGACUUCGAGCUCAAAUCCCAUGGGCUCAUAUGCCGGCCCGAUGUGACUGUUCGCUCUCUAGACCCCAACGACCAGUUCGUGGUCAUGGGUUCCGAUGGGGUGUGGGACGUGCUGUCGAAUGCAGAGGUGGUGGAGAUAGUGGCAAACACAUGGCCCAAGAGCAAAGCAGCGAAGCAGGUGGCUCAGAAAGCCGUGGCCAAGUGGGCUGCGGAGAAACACGCCAACUCCAGAGACGAUAUUUCUGUAGCAGUGCUGUUCUUUUAA